AAAAAAGGUCACACUACUCCCCAUUGACGAAUUCGAAAAGAUCUCCGAUAAAUCUUCACAUCGAAAACUCGUUCGAAUUCGAAUUCAAAUCAAAACAUUUAUUAGAGGAAGAAGAUGAAUCCGCGCUUAAACUUCAUCAUCAUCUUCUAUUGAUUCAAUAUGGCUUCUUCAUCCCAACGACGCUGCGUUUUCGUUGGGAACAUUCCUUACGACGUCACCGAGGAACAACUCAGAGACAUCUGCGGCGAGGUUGGACCCGUUGUCUCCUUUAGAUUAGUUACCGAUAGAGAAACUGGUAAACCUAAAGGCUACGGCUUUUGCGAGUACAAGGACGAAGAGACCGCGCUGAGUGCUCGUCGUAAUCUCCAGAGUUACGAAAUCAAUGGCCGUCAAUUAAGAGUUGAUUUCGCUGAGAAUGACAAAGGAACCGACAAAACCCGAGAUCAGGGUCAAGGAGCUCCUGCUUUGCCUACUACUACUACUACUGAAUCUCAAAAGCAGCCUGUAGAUUCGAAUCUUCAUCAGCCGGUUGGUAUCAACCUUGCUAUAUCAGCUGCAUCUGUUAUGGCCGGUGCGCUUGGUGCUCCCCAGGUUGGUUCUACACAGAGUACACUGCAGGUUCCAGCUACUGAUCCUCUGACUCUUCAUCUUGCCAACAUGUCUAGAAGUCAGCUCUCUGAUAUUAUAUCCUCCAUUAAGUUAAUGGCUACGCAGAACAAGGAACAAGCUCGACAGUUGUUGGUUUCAAGACCUCAGUUGCUAAAAGCUGUUUUCCUGGCACAGAUAAUGCUUGGGAUUGUGAGUCCUCAAGUUUUGCAGACGCCAAAUAUUGUUCAGGCCCCAAAUCAUAAUAUGUCAGGGUCGUCCGUUCAGGACACGCAAGUAUCUGGUCAGAACCUAUUACCGCCACUGGCACAAAGGCCACAGCAGCUUAGUCGACAUCCCCAUAGUCAGUUUCCCGUUCAACAGUCCUCUAAACAACAUUUCAGUCAGAUUUCACAACCAGGUCCUUCUUCUGUAAAUCCUCCAUAUAGAUCCCAAGUUCAAGGUCUCAGUGAAACCGCUCCACUCCAACGCCAAAAACAAGUGGUUCCAGCUUCCAUCAGCAUGGGUUAUAGUAUUCAGACUUCAGUUCCAAAUAACGGUAUCCAGCCAUCUCAAGUACCUCGGCCACCAUUGACAAACUCUGUGAUGCAGCAAGGUGGGCAAAUGGUAUCACUAAACUAUGGCAAAAGAAUAAACAACGAGGGACCUCAUGAAUCAAUAAACAGACCGUCAAAGAUGAUGAGAGUGGAUGAAAGGAGAAUCGAUCCAUUCCAUGGAGGGCAUGCGUCUAACUCAAUGCUUCCAAAUCCAGUACAAGUACAAGAGAGAGCGCAUCAGACACAUAUCUCCCCGGAUGUUCAGUCAACGUUGCUACAGCAAGUAAUGAACUUGACACCGGAACAGCUGAGGUUGCUGACUCCAGAGCAACAGCAAGAAGUCAUGAAGCUGCAACAAGCUCUCAAGCAGCAUUCAUAGCAUUGAGGUUGGUUCGUUGGUUCCAUUUGAUUGAAACUUGCAGAGAUGGAAAGAGUUUUCGCACACAGAUUACAAUAGAAAGAAGAAGGAUUCUCUCACUUGAAUUGGUGAGUGAUUGUAUUAUUAGUGUAGCAUUUAUUUUGUGCUGAGUUUGUCUUAUAGUCAUAGAAAUAUCCAGCCAUCAAUAAUAUAAAAGAGAAAGUUACAAGUCAAAGAAGUCUCAGAACAACUGUGUCGUCUACUCCUCUCUCUCUGUUUUUCUUUCUUUUUUGCUUUAACUAAACCAUCCUUCGCUUUCACUUUAUAUCAUGUAGCAACUGGUUAGUACUUCAGUGAAUAAACAUUUUUAUUUCACCAAA